GGAAGCGGAGGGCCGCCGAGUCUCGCGUCGUGGCUUUUAUUUUGAAACGGACACGUAGCAGAGACUCGGAUUUCAGUGUUUGGUCCUGGAGGCAGAUCGGGAGCCUGCGAUCAGUGACACAUCGUCAGUUCCGAGCGGGUCGAUGGCACCGCGAAACUGCUGACGGCGGGCUUUGAUUUCGCUCUUUAGGGACGUCACAGAAAGGGAAUCGGAUCGUGUUUAGGAAAGUGUGGACGGAGAGGCUCGAAGUACGAUGUCGGCUCCGGGUUACAGCAACGUGAACGCCAAUAUGCCGAAUUACAGCGCGACGCAGAACGGCGGCGCUCCGGCCGCUGCAGCCGCCUAUCACAACGGACCAGGUCAGACACACUCAGCCAUGUAUCCUGCCUCGAAUUACUAUACUGGGGUUCCUCAGCAUGGUUACCCCACCGUGCCGCCUCAAAAUACCCCUCCUGGAAAAGCUCCACCGACAAGCACCAACUACAGCACCAACUACUACCCCAACAGCCACCCACAGCCUGGGGCACCGGCCGUCACGGGAUCGGCUUUUUACUCUGCUGCGCCAGCCCAGAUCCCUGCCAGUACCAACCCCGCUGCUUCCGUAGCGCCUCAGUACCCGCCGCAUUCCUACCAACAGCAUUACGCUGUGUCUGCGAGUUACUACGGACAGAAUUACACCACCACUACCCAGGGGCAGCAGAAUCCCCCGCCAGCAUCAAGUGGCGCUAACCUCGGGCCCCCGCUUUACCCCAUCGUGUCUUACCCUUCGGCCCCUGGAAUCAGCCAGUAUGGAACGCUGCGCUCGACCCAGGCUGCUGCGGGAGCACCGCCUACCCGGAGCCCUUUGCAACCUCAACAGCAGUAUUCUCAGGGCAACGGAGCCACGCCCACACCACCAGCUCAGCAGGGCUACGGUGCCCCACCCCUUCAACAAACAGCUGCCAUUAAUGGCCAAUCAAAUGCAGGCCAGCAGCACUACAAUCAAUCUGCUCCACCUCCUACGGGCCCCCGUUAUGCAACAGAGGGUGGCGACGGACAUCGCCUGCCGUCGGGGACCUCGUCCACGUCCGCCCAGUCGUCCCCAGGACGCCAGUCGGGGCUGCUGAUUGGUGGAUAUGGGGGCAAUAGAGCUGCUAGUUCCUCCUCAGGGUUGCCAGGUGACCACUCCUCAUCCAGUUCGGACCACGAGGACGAGGAUGAGGAGGAUGAGGAAGCAGGUGCAGACAGCUCCUCCACCACCACAGGGAGCGUAUCUCCAGUUCCCAACUGCUAUGAGUCCCUGGAAGGAGGAGGCUACUCAGGCCCUCCUGGUCCUGCUGCUGCUCCUCCUGCUGCUGUUCCUCCUACUGAACCCCCCAAACAAGCCCCACCCUUUGGCUACAACUAUCCAACCAUGCAGCCAGGUUACCAACAAGGCCCUGCCCCCCGACCGGAGCCCAUCCCUUCGCAGGGAGCAUAUAAUCAACCGGGAUUUCAGCCAUAUUCACAGCCAUUCCCCAGUCUGAACCAGCUCUCUACAGCACUGGGUGGACUGAGUGGCGUUCCUGAGCUGGAGGUCGAGGCACUGCGCCCCGUUAACCUGCUGCAGGAGAGAAACAUGCUCCCCCCGACACACCUCGUCCCACCCGAACCCAAGCUCAGCAGCGACCUGCGUAAGGUCAACUGCAGCCCAGAUACAUUUCGCUGCACUCUGACCAGCAUUCCUCAGACUCAGGCCAUGCUCAAUAAAGCUCGUCUGCCACUUGGACUCCUGCUGCACCCUUUCAGAGAUUUGACGCAGUUACCAGUCAUCACGUCCAACACUAUCGUCCGCUGUCGGACGUGUCGGACGUACAUCAACCCGUUCGUGUCGUUUCUGGAUCAGCGUCGGUGGAAAUGCAACCUCUGCUACCGUGUGAAUGAUGUUCCUGAUGAGUUCAUGUAUAACCCAGUCACACGCUCCUAUGGCGAACCACACAAGAGACCAGAGGUGCAGAACGCCACUGUCGAGUUCAUCGCCUCUUCAGACUACAUGCUGCGACCUCCUCAACCUGCCGUGUAUCUGUUUGUAUUGGACGUGUCCCAUAAUGCCGUGGAGACGGGCUACCUGAGCGUGCUGUGUCAGUCGCUACUGGACAAUUUGGAGAAGCUGCCAGGCGAUUCUCGCACUCGCAUCGGAUUCCUGACGUUCGACAGCACAAUUCACUUUUACAACUUGCAGGAGGGGCUCUCGCAGCCGCAGAUGCUGGUGGUAUCCGAUAUUGAUGAUGUGUUCACUCCGACUCCUGACAAUCUGCUGGUGAAUCUGAAAGAAAGCCAGGAGCUGGUGAAAGACUUGUUGAACUCGCUGCCCAAGAUGUUCACACACACGCGGGAGACCCACAGUGCCCUGGGGCCGGCGUUGCAAGCGGCAUAUAAACUAAUGACGCCCACCGGGGGGCGAGUGUCUGUGUUCCAGACACAGUUGCCAACCAUCGGAGUGGGACUGCUGCAGUCACGAGAGGACCCCAACCAGAGAUCCAGCACCAAGGGCGUACAGCACCUGGGUCCUGCAACAGAUUUCUACAAGAAGCUGGCUCUGGACUGUUCGGGUCAGCAGAUCGGGGUCGACCUGUUCCUUUUGAGCUCUCAGUAUGCGGAUCUGGCUUCAUUAGCCUGCAUGUCAAAGUUUUCGGCCGGCAGCAUUUUUUACUACCCGGCCUUCCACCACGUCCACACCCCGGCUCUGAGGGCGAAGCUGCAGAAAGACCUGCAGCGCUACCUCACCCGAAAGAUUGGUUUCGAGGCUGUGAUGAGGAUCAGGUGCACCAAAGGAAUGUCAAUCCACACCUUCCACGGCAACUUCUUUGUGCGCUCCACCGACCUGCUGUCUUUGGCUAACGUGAACCCGGACUCGGGCUUCGCUGUCCAAGUGUCUGUAGACGAGAACUUAGCCGACACUUCGCUAGCGUGUUUCCAGGCUGCCCUUCUCUACACGUCCAGUAAAGGCAAGCGGCGAAUCAGAGUUCACACCCUGUGUCUGCCUGUGGUGAACCAGCUCAGCGAUGUGUUUGCAGGAGCUGAUGUCCAAGCCAUCACCUGCCUGCUCGCCAACAUGGCUAUAGACCGCUCUCUCUCCUGCAGCGUUUCGGAUGCCCGGGACGCCCUGGUGAACGCGGUUGUGGACUCGUUAGAGUCGUAUCGCUCCAAUAUCUCCAACGUGCAGCAGACUGGUGUGACUGCCCCCUUGUGCCUGCGCCUCUUUCCUCUCUACACACUCGCUCUGCUCAAACAGAAAGCGUUGCGGACGGGGACAAGCACGCGGCUGGACGAGCGCGUGUUCGCGAUGUGCGAGUUCAAGAGUCAGCCGCUGAAACAGAUCAUGCGCACGAUCCACUCCGACCUCUACCGCAUUGACAACCUCAACGAACAGGGGGCGCUGCAACUGAAUGAGCGGGUGAUUCCUCAGCCUCCACUGCUGCAGCUGUCAGCUGAGAAGCUCACCAGAGAGGGGGCUUUCCUCUUGGACUGUGGCAGCUCGAUGUACCUGUGGUUGGGGAGGAGCUGUAAUGAGGCGUUUAUACGAGACGUCCUGGGCUGCACAGACUACACAUCCGUGCCCGUCAGCAUGGUCGAACUUCCAGAGUUAGAGACACCGGCUUCGGAGAGAACCAGAGCUUUUGUGUCCUGGCUUCAGGAGUCCAGAGGAUUUUCUGCCGCCUUCUAUGUCCUUAAGGACGACCCUUCAGCAAAGAGCAGUUUCUUCCAGCACCUGAUCGAAGACCGUUCCGAAUCCGCCUUCUCCUACUACGAGUUCUUGCUCCACAUCCAGCAGCAGCUGUCUAAAUAGAACCUUAGCCUGGUCUUGACAAUAUCAUGGAUCCUGUCGGGCAGGACGCCGCCCCCAUCGUCAGGCCACACACAACACCCCACCCACCACCCACUGGCCAGUCACAGCCUGUGGUGCCUCAUAGGGGGUGGGGCUAAAGAUCAUUGCGGGAAAUCAAACCGAGCAGCAACGCGAACAUAGCGCCAAACUGUAAACGAGAAAAAGACGCUCUACCCUUUAUACACACACUUAACCGAAUCUUCUCUCCUCCCCUGAAGAAAUGUUUCACCGCCUUUAUAUCACAUGCGCUGUGUGCGUCUCUUUCUUUUCUCUCUUCUGCUCUCCUUUUUUUUUUUUUUUUUUUUGACAACUUCCCUUCCUGUGCGCUCGGGGAACCCUGUGAUUUACGUUCUGUAGCUGUUAACAUCGCCAUUUCCUUUUCUCAUCGCUUUAACACUGCCUUUCCUUAAACCCCUGCACCCCCUUGAUAACACCUGAUAAUCAGAUGUUAUCGUUUCCUUCACUGACAAAUAUAUAUUUAGUUUCUCCCUCUUUCCUCUCACCGUAUUAUUUCGUUCGUUCGCGUCCCCUCAUUACGUUUUUAAUCACGAGUGUGCGGGUGUAGUUUUCAACACCGAGCACUAGUCGAUCUUUAUCCCAUCUCUGGCAGCAAGAGGUGAAGCGAUGGCAUGUCCCCCCUCCACAAACACAAACACACAAAUACACACACACACACACCUGUGAGAGGCCCGGAUCUGUGCCGUUUCCGAAGCCGAGAUCAUCCUUCUCUCUUGUUUUCUUGGGGAACCAUACGGUAACGCCUCGCUCUCCACUUUAUAACUCUGGAGAAAAAGAAUAUUUUAUGUGCGAUAAUUUAUGAUGAGCUUAUUGAAUAAAAUGAAAGCCUAUUC